AAGCUUUACCACUGAAGCUUUCUCAUAAUAGUACAUGGAAGAAAAAAGAGCAGGUGUUAUCAGAUAUUACUGAAGAAAUUCUCUAUUCCUUAGGUGAUAUUUGGCGAAAUCCUGCUUUUGACGCAGAGUUUGCAGAAGGUCAAAAUGAAGAUAUAUAUAUAACAGAUGUAAUAAUACCUCUUAUUCGAAAUGCAUUAAAAAAACUUCUGACCAAGAAACAUGCUUUUCUCAGCACGGCUAAAAGACAAAGCUUAGCCAGUGCUAGUAAAAGAUCAGUUGAUGGAAAACAGGGUAAACAUCCUGAUAUUAUGCUUAUAGAAAAGCAACAUAAGAAGCUACAUGAACUUCUAUUCGCUAAAUGUUUUUGUCUGAUUUGUAAUGAUAAUAAGAAAAAGAGGAUGAA